AUGGUGGCCAACAGCUUCUCAAAGAGAGCUCCACCAUGCGAAUCGAAAGAAUCAGGGCCGAAGGCAGAGAAAAGAGCCUUCUGGGCACGCGGCUUCGUGGCCCGACUGGCUUCAUGGGUUCAAGGAUCAUGGGAAUCCAGACAUGCAGACUUGAGUCCAGGCCGUGGGCCAGGCGAUGGCAUUCGCAUCGUGACAGCCAUGACUCCCAAUGGCCAUGGUCUGGUGGCCCCACUACCCGCUCACUUGAGCCAUGGAGGCUUUUGCGGGGGCACGCCUGUGUCCAGGCAGGGUCUAGACCCAGCCGCCAUGGGAAAUGCGUUGACAACAAUCAACAGCCUGCCCCAACCGCAUAGCUGGGCACAUGGUCAACAGCUUCAGACGGACGCUUUUCAGACACACGGACUCAACCAGCAGGCGUUGUUCGGACAGCCUUCCAUUGUGGCAUCGUCCUUCUUCGGUCCAAUCAACGACAAUCUCUUCGGUGCUGGUUCAUCUGCGUUGGGAUCGACUCGCCCAUUUAGCCGCUUCCCUUCAGCAGGACCUGCUUCUGGCGAAAGACUCUUCAAGCCAGCGGCUGGACCACUGUCUGCAUUCCAAGAGGAGGAACCGCGUCAAUUUGAGCCACCGCCGCCACCGCGCAGUGCUCCCUCGCUGCAGUACAAUGACGAACCACCCCGACAAGAGCCUGCAAUGCCGGCAUGGGACGAACCACGACAAGGUUUCGGCGUCACGCAGAACGUUAACCCGUCUGUUCCAGGUUUCAGAAGUCAAGGUCGCAAGUCUGAACUCAAGGUCAGAAUGUCAGACAGCCAUUGGGAGAGCCUCCGCUUCUCCCCUGGUGAUGAUUUGGAGUUGCACGGGCAGCAAUUUGUAUCCCGCUGUGGCCUCAAGAGUGCUUUUCUGCCUGGCGUCGUGGCGAGACUCAAGCAGAUGGCUGCUAUCCAGCAAGACUAUGUCAUGAAACUGAACACCUCUCAGCACAGAGGUGUGAGGGAGGAGGCCAUCACUUCAAUUGCUGUGAUCGCCGGUGUCAUGGAGAAGGAUUUCGUGCAGUACUAUGACAGCAUCAUGCCUAUGCUGAAGCAAUUUGUGAUGACCGCAACAAGCAAGAAGGAAAACCGCUUGCGCGGCAAGUCCUUUGAAUGCAUGUCUUUGUUGGGCAUUGCAGUCGGAAAGGAGAAGUUCCUCAAUGAUGCCAAGGAGGCAAUUGCUGCAAUGAUGAACACGCAGGUGGAGGCAGAUGAUGUGCAGCGUGAGUACAUCAAGGAAGCUUCCGAGCGAAUUUGCACAUGCUUGAAGAAGGACUUUGCCCAGUUCCUGCCCCCGCUGCUGCCGGGCAUCUUCAGGAACCUUCGCCUUGAUGAGAUGCAUGCUCCUGCAGCUGCUGGCAAUGUAGAUGAUGACGACGACUCCUAUGUCCAGGUCCAGACUGGUGAUGGCAAGUAUGUCAGAGUACACACCGAGAAAUUCCAAGACAUGAUGCAGUCCGUGCAGUUGCUGCAUACCUUUGUGACAGAGAUGGAAGGAGGCUACUUCGAGGCCAUCCCUGAGACAGCAAAGGUCCUCUUGCCUCUGCUGACAGCCAGAGAAGAGUAUACGAUGCUUUGCGAUGAGGUUCGUGGCACAGCUUUGCAAGUUUGGAGCUUGCUAAUCAAAUCUGCACGGCUUGGUGCACAGGAGCGUGGCCAGCCGAAUGCAAUGGCCAAAGAGCUGCUGGGAACCGGUUUGCAGGCGGUUUUCGGUCAGCUGGAACAGAACCAGGAGACAGAUUUCUUGCACGAAAUCUCUUCAGGCAUUGCAGAGUGCAUUAAGAAUGUCGGACCGGGUGUCCUCUCUAACGAAGAGGUUCGAACUCUGACCUCCAGGGUAUUCGCCUUGAUGGACCAAUCGCUGGCAAGAAGUGCUAAGCACGCCAACGAAGAAGCCAAGAACAAACAGGAGGCUAGCCACCUUCCUCAGGAGCUCCAUGGUGGAGAUGAAGAUGAUGACGAACAGGGCCCAGCUGCUGAUGAGGAGAUGGUGAACCACCGUCACUUGCAUGACCUCAUGAAGUCAUGA